CAAACGAAAACAAAAUGCCUGCUGUGAAACUGUGUUACCCGACACUGCCAAGAGUUGUGCAGAAAUUACGGCUGCUGAAGAUAUAUCCAUGUCCUAAUGUGUCUUCUGUACAUCUGUGCUCAUACAACCAUCCACAAGGAUAUACAACCAUAAAAGAGGCAAGAGAAAAGCUGAAAGAUCUAGUAGGAGCUCAAAAGAUAUGGGGAACACAGACAGAAGUUUCUGGCCGGCCUCAGAUAUCCUUCACACAAGAGGACUUGCCAACGAGAACAAUGAAAGACAGCUACCAAGAAGCAGUUAUCCCCCUUGGAUCAAAUCCAACUACCAGAGAGAAAUAUAUCAAUUUCUAUGAUGGGAUACGUUUUGGUAGAAUUUUGGAGGAUCUUGAUACUUUUGCAGUUUUUAUCAGUUACACGCACACCACACAUGAUGAUGAGACGUCGGACCACAAGUCUCCAAUCGCCAUUGUGACUGCCUUGGUGGACAGAAUUGAGUUGGAGGAACAUCCUAUUGCAGCAGACAAAGACAUUCUAAUGACUGGUCAUGUGACCUGGGCUGGGAGUAGCUCUCUAGAAGUCACUAUGAAGCUGAGACAGGAAUACGAGGGAUCAAUGCGACAAUUACUUGAAGCUAGGUUUGUGAUGGUGUCCAGGAACCCAGUCACACAAAAGUCUGCACCUGUGAAUAAACUUCAACCAGUUGGCCCUGAAGAGGAGAAAUUGUUUAAGUUGGGAGAGACUAACAAGGUAAAGAGGCAGCUAGAAGGGGAGAGAACUCUUCUGAAGACAGCGCCCUCAGAAGAAGAACGUGAACUGAUACAUAAACUUUUCCUUCAGACUUUAGACUCAAGCACAGCAAGUUUCCGAGUCCGUGUAAAACCAGACAAUAGUGAAUGGAUGGAAAAAACAUUACUGAAGAAUCUUACGAUCUGUUUCCCAGAACAAAGAAAUUUAUAUAACAAGAUAUUUGGUGGCUAUUUGAUGAGAAAGGCAUUUGAGCUGGCCUGGACAAAUGCUGCUAUGUAUUGUAAAACUCGACCCUAUGUAAAGGCAGUUGAUGAUAUUUUGUUUAUGAAACCUGUAGAAGUUGGAUCUGUUUUGUUUUUAUCUUCACAGGUUGUAUAUACUUAUGGGUCCCAGCUACAAAUGAAGGUUCACGCUGAAGUGGUAAAUGUUGUGGACUGUACCCGAGCCACUACGAACAACUUCUACUUCACUUUCGACACACGCAAGGACCAGGAUGUUCCCAGGGUUUUGCCUAAGAGUUACGCAGAAUCCAUGCUUUACCUGGAUGGAAAGAGACAUUUUCAAAGCUGAUGAUGUGAUGACUGUAGUUAUAAAAUUGUGAUAUAUUAUAAGUUAUAUUAGAGGUCUAGAUCAGUAAGCAUUUCCAUCCAAACAAAAAGAUUAGCAUAUCGGUAGAUUGUCUCAUCUCACGAGAUAAUUGAGAACAGAGCUAAUCCAGAACACGGAAGCCAUUAAACUCUUAUUGUGUAUUUAUAUUUCAUUCUUUAAAUAGUGAGUAUCUAAGAGAUAUAUUUAGUAAAACAUCUAUUCUACCACAGGAAUCUCAAGUUCUGUUUACGGGUGCCACCCAUAGAUUUUAAUUAAUGAUAUGCAUAUAAGUAGUAGACUGGACACUAAGGUUGUUUGUUCAAAUGGUAGAGGUAAUCUGGAAUUAUACACUAUACACGAACGCACAUGUACUGGAUGUUGGAACUUAUAAUAUGUAAAGCUCAAAAUGCACAACAUCAGAAUUUCUUGUCAAGCAUAAAACAAUUAUCUAAAAUUAAGAUACCGUCCAUUUAACCCAUACCUGGAAAUAUAUGCAUGCACCGUCCCUGCAUUAUAGUGAAAUUCUGAAAACUAAUGAUAUUCAUGAAGCUAGUUUCGGACAUGUAUGAGUGUUCCCCUCAAGCUGCAUGUGCCAAAUAUUUCACAGUCCAGCCCUGUUCCAUUCUGUGUUGGCGUUAUUCUUGCAGGUUCAACUGGUCCAACCAUUUCAGCCAUUUAUGUGAAAGCAACCCAAGUCAUAUGGAUGGAAAUUAUAUGUGUUUAUUUUCUGGUCUUGGUGUCUAGCAGAUGUUUUACUGGAAUAGUUCCAAGUCUGAAAUAAAGCUAUCAGUAUCUCGCCCCUAUUACAUCUCGGCAAUUAGUUAUACAUUUAUGAAUAGAUAUACAUGUAUAUGGUAUUAAUAUCACCCUAAUCAAAUCUUUAAAAACCAACAAUGCAUUGAAAUAUUCUUUUGUUAUAUUUGUCUCUAAUUAAUGUCUUGCUUCAAAACAUUUCAUGUGAACAAUUAACACAUUCAGUUUUUUUUUUUUUUGAAAAGCUGAGAACAAAAUGUGGAUAGAAUUUUGCAAAUACCUCAAGUAUAUUGUUUUUCUUUGUGAAUCAUGUAUGUAUUGAGAUCCCAACCAUCCUUUUGCAAGACAAAUCUUAAGUGUGAUUGUGAUGUUACAUCAUCAUGGAUUUCCUUCUCUUGUUAUCCAAUCAUGUACCUGGUAAGGAAUAUUCCAGUAAAACAUCUACUGGUACAGGGGAUUCCAGUCAUAGCAAACAUUGACCAACGCUGGUAAUUUUAGGAACAGUGUAAUCUGUCAACAUUACCAUGUAUAAACUUUACAACUCACCUUGGUGAGAGAUAUCUUGGGGUUUAUCCAGUAAAACACUAUAAUUUAGUACCAGGACUCUCAAAAUAAAUCCUCAUUAUUCCAUGGUUAAUAACUUCUAUCUGUGGUUAGAUUUCCUACCUGUUACUUUUAAACAAAUAAUCAUUUUUUUAAGUUUUAGGUUAGAACCACUAAUACAACAAAGCCUGGUUUACGAGGAUGGGAUAGAUGUUUUACUGGAAUAUAGAUGUGAUGUUUUUCAUGUUAUUUUGCAACAACCAAAAAUAUAACUGUAAAUAAACUCAGGAUGACCUACAAAGCAAUUUAUUUUCAAAUUACAAGCAUUUAUUAUUGACAUGUAAACUUUAGUGACCUAUAGAAACCUGUUUUUUAUAUUACUGUACGGUUAUAUAUUUUUUGUACUAGGUCGCAGAAAACUGAUGACUGCUUCAAAGUACUUAUCUUUAUCCUAUUUAUUAUGUUUAUCUCCUCCAAUUUUUUUUAAAUAUUUGUAGUUUUAGAAUUUUGGACAUUAUGGAAUUUAUUUCAAUUUAUUUAUUUUUACAAUAAUGUCAGUAUAUCAAGGUAUUAUUUUUUGUCUCUAUGCAGUUUUAGUAUUUAUUG